AUGUUAAAUGUUUGCAUAUAUGUGCUGAAUUCAUCUGAUGCUCCUGGCCUGGCAUCAACAGUUUUGCUUGAAAAGUCUAGAGUUGUUCAAUGCAAUGAAGGGGAGAGGUCAUAUCAUAUAUUUUAUCAGUUAUGUGCUGGUGCACCACCAUCUCUUCGGGAGAAGCUCAACCUACGAAAUGCAGAAGAUUAUAAAUAUUUGAAGCUGAGCAAUUGUUAUUCAAUUACUGGUGUUAACGAUGCAGAAGAGUUUCGCAUAGUCAUGGAAGCUCUUGAUGUUGUCCACAUCAGUAAAGAAGACCAAGAAACUGUAUUUGUUAUGCUUGCUGCAGUAUUAUGGUUAGGGAACAUAUCAUUUACUGUUAUUGAUAAUGAAGACCAUGUUCAAGCGGUAGAAAAUGAGGGUUUGUUACACGUUGCCGAAUUGAUUGGCUGUGACCUAGAACAUCUCAAGUUGACUCUAUCAACUCGCAAAAUGAAAGUUGGUAAUGAUAAGAUCGUCCAGAAGUUGACAUUAUCACAGGCAAUUGAUGCAAGAGAUGCUUUGGCAAAGUCUAUAUAUUCAUGCCUUUUUGAUUGGUUGGUUGAACAAAUAAAUAAAUCACUUGCUGUUGGCAAAAGACGUACUGGCAGAUCAAUCAGUAUUCUAGAUAUAUACGGCUUUGAAUCAUUCAACAGAAACAGUUUUGAGCAGUUCUGCAUAAAUUAUGCAAAUGAAAGAUUGCAGCAACACUUCAAUCGUCACUUAUUCAAGUUAGAACAGGAGGAAUAUAUUCAAGAUGGCAUUGAUUGGGCUAAAGUUGAAUUUGAAGACAAUCAAGACUGCCUUAAUCUUUUUGAGAAGAGGCCAUUGGGGUUAUUAUCACUGUUAGAUGAAGAGUCCACUUUCCCAAAUGGCACAGAUUUGACAUUUGCCGACAAACUUAAACAGCAUUUAAAUUCCAAAUCUUGUUUUAAAGGAGAAAGAGACCAAGCCUUUACUGUGUGUCAUUAUGCCGGAGAGGUAACUUAUGAUACAACUGGGUUUCUCGAGAAGAAUAGGGACCUAUUGCACUUGGAUUCCAUCCAACUUCUAUCCUCAUGCACAUGUCGUCUUCCUCAAAUAUUUGCAUCUCAUAUGCUUACACAGUCUGAAAAGCCAGUAAAUGGUCCUUUACACAAGUCAGGUGGGGCAGAUUCCCAAAAGCUAAGUGUUGCAACAAAAUUCAAGGGUCAGUUGUUUCAACUGAUGCAACGCUUAGAGAGCACAACUCCACAUUUUAUUCGCUGCAUUAAACCCAACAAUCUUCAAUCACCAGAAUCAUAUGAGCAGGGGCUUGUACUGCAACAGUUGAGGUGCUGUGGGGUGCUGGAAGUGGUUCGAAUAUCAAGAUCUGGCUUUCCGACAAGAAUGUCUCACCAAAGGUUUGCCAGAAGAUAUGGCUUUCUUCUCCUUGAUAGUGCUGCAUCUCAGGAUCCACUUAGUGUUUCAGUUUCAAUUCUUCAUCAAUUUAAUAUUUUGCCUGAGAUGUAUCAAGUUGGCUACACAAAAUUAUUUUUCCGAACAGGGCAGAUUGGCGUGCUUGAAGAUACUAGAAAUCGUACCCUUAAUGGCAUCUUACACGUGCAAAGUUGUUUUAGGGGUUACCAAGUUCGUCAUUCUCUCAAGAAGCUUCAAGGAGGAAUCUCUACUUUGCAGUCAUUUAUUCGGGGAGAGAAAACAAGAAAGGAAUAUGCUGCUUUGCUUCAGAGACAUAAAGCUGCUGUUAUUAUACAGAAGCAGAUAAAAGCAGUGUUUGUAAGAAACAAAGUUCGGACUGUUAAAGAUGCUACAAUUGUCAUACAAUCAGUUAUUCGUGGAUGGUUGGUCAGAAGAUGCUCAGGGGAUAUUGGAUUUUUGAAAUAUGGGGACAUAAAGACAAAAGAAUCAGAUGAGAUUUUGGUCAAGGCAUCUUUUCUGGCUGAAUUGCAGCGCCGGGUACUUCAGGCUGAAGCUGCCUUGAGAGAGAAAGAUGAGGAAAAUGACAUCCUUAACCAACGUAUCCAACAAUAUGAGAGCAGAUGGUCUGAGUAUGAGUCGAAGAUGCAAUCCAUGGAAGAAGUGUGGCAGAAACAAAUGAGAUCCCUUCAAUCUAGCCUCUCCAUUGCCAAGAAGAGCCUAGCUAUUGAUGACUCCGAAAGAAACUCAGAUGCAUCUGUUAAUAAUGCAAGCGAUGAGCGUGACUACAGCUGGGACGGGGGAAGUAAUCACAGGCGCCAAGAAAGCAACGGAACAAGAUCGACGAGUGCUAGUUUGAGUGUAAUAAGCCGGCUUGCUGAAGAAUUUGAACAAAGGAGUCAAGUAUUUGCGGAUGAUGCCAAGUUCUUGGUUGAGGUAAAAUCUGGUCAAGUAGAAGCAAGUUUGAACCCAGAUCAAGAACUUAGAAGGUUAAAACAGAUGUUUGAAGCUUGGAAAAGGGAUUACACGGCAAGAUUGCGUGAAACCAAGUUGAUUAUAAAUAAACUUGGAACUGAAGAUGGCGCAAUUGAGAAAAUGAAGAAAAAGUGGUGGGGAAGAAGGAACAGUACAAGGAUAAACUGA